AUGAUGAUUUCCCACACCUCAAAACUAUUUUUCCUCUUCUUCAUCUGCACUACAUUCUUAUGUCUCUGUUCAAGUUUUAGUGUCCCAACCCAGUACUCUUCCAUAUUGGGCCCUAACCUUGACAAGCUUCCUUCUCAAGAUGAAGCCAUCCAACUAUUCCACCAAUGGAAAAAAGAUCAUGGCCGAGUCUAUCAGGACCUAGGAGAGAUGGCAAAGAAAUUUGAGAAUUUCCUCUCCAAUUUGAAGUAUAUCACAGAUUCUAAUGCAAAGAGAAAGUCAUCUUAUGACUUCCUUCUUGGUGUCAACACGUUUGCUGAUUGGAGUGCAAAUGAGUUCCAAGAAACAUUUUUGCAUGACAUUGACAUGCCCAAAGACAAUGGUACAAGGAAGCUGAAUGACUUAGCUUGCCGUGCCCCUUCAUUCUUAGAUUGGAGGUCAAAAGGAGCUGUCACUCAUGUUAAGGAUCAAAAGAACUGUGGAAGUUGCUGGGCAUUCUCAGCCACAGGAGCCAUUGAAGGGAUAAAUGCAAUAGUGACAGGGAAGCUUACCACCCUUUCUGAGCAAGAGCUUGUGGAUUGUGAGACUGUAAGCCAAGGUUGCAACAGUGGGUGGGUGGACAAAGCAUUUAAUUGGGUUGCAAGAAACCGUGGAAUUGCUUCGGAAAAAGAUUAUGCUUAUACUGCAAAUCAGGGUGUCUGUAGAGCCUCAAAGGUUCCAAAGCGUGAAACCAUUGAUAGUUACUAUCAGACAGCUCAAUCAGACAAUGGACUACUUUGUGCAGCUGCUAAGCAACCUGUUAGUGUGUGUCUUUAUGCACCUCAAGACUUUCACCUUUACACAUAUGGAAUCUAUGAUGGUCCAAACUGUCCGGUGGAUUCUGACAGUACAAAUCAUUGUGUGUUAGUGGUGGGUUAUGAUUCCAGAGAUGGACAAGAUUAUUGGAUUGUGAAGAACUCAUGGAGCAAGACAUGGGGAAUGGAUGGUUACAUGUGGAUCAAAAGGAACACUGGUAAAAAAUAUGGAGUGUGUGCAAUCAAUGCCUGGGCUCAUGCCCCAAUCAAGUACUAGUUCAAUUCUAGAUUCUUAAACUACAGAUCAUAUGUCCAGAAUCCCUUGUAAUGCUGUU